CCUCAUGAUGUGUGUGGUGAUGCGUGCUCUUCCGUCUCUUCUCCGCAGAGCUCUUUGGAGAGCUCUUUUGAAGCUGUGAUUCAACAUGAGCAGUUUGGUCAGUCUAGCACAGAUCCUAGCCACACUUCUCCUCCACAUUCCACUGACAGAGGUGUCAGACACUCUAAGCAUGACCCAUUCCAAAGUGAUAUUGUUUCAUGAUGUGUGGCAUCGGAGUGUGUGUCGCCCGCUGGAGAGGUUGGUAGAAGUGGAGCAGGAGUAUCCAGGGAUUGUGGAGCACAUCUUAAGUCCUCGCUGUGUGCCUCUUCAUCGCUGCGCUGGCUGUUGUAAUGAUGAAGAAUUACAGUGCACCCCUACCCUUACACGCAAUGUCACAAUACAGCUGGUGAAAAUAUGCCCAGUGGCGUGGACCAAGCAGUAUGUAGAGCUUUCAUUUUUAGAGCACCACUCCUGUGAGUGCAGACCCAAACAGAAUCACAAAAGAUGCCAGAGGCAGAGGCUAAGUAGGCCAUACAGGGGAAGAAAAGGGAAAAAACGGAAAAAAGAGAACAGAAAACAGUAGCAGUAACUGCUUUGCCGUGGUCAGAGUUAUGCAGGAUCUAGAACCUAUGCUGGAACCACUGGGACGGGAAAACACACUGGAUGGGACGCCAGUCAAUUGCAGGACACCUUUUACCAUUUCCAGUCCACCUCCUGCCAUGUGAAUUUGAGAUGGGAGAACUCUUUUUAAAGAAACCAAUUAAGGCUUGGAUCCUGCUAAAAUAAAUGUGCUCAUAUAUGUUUUAUAUUUCAUGAACACAAAACAUAUAUAGAUCAUCAGAACAUAAAACAAUGUUUUAGAAUAGCUAAUAAAUGCUCUCUAAUCCUGGUGUUUUCUCAACAAUGUAUUGAUAAAUAAAUAUUUGAUAUCUAUUGUAUACAUGUCCACUGGCUGAUGCUUUUCAUCCAGCUGUUUGUCUGUUGUAGGUGUCAAUCAUUUCAGCUAAGAAAAACACAUCCAUUUACUUUUAUUUUAUCUAUAAACACAAAGAUAUGAACCUUUUAUGCAUCUGUGAUGAAAGCUAUGACGAGUUCUCUCAAGGGAAGAUCUUGCAGUCCACCGACAAUAAGAUAUCCUGUGGGAAGCACAGAAUGAUAGAGUUGAAGCUCUGUAAUCCCCCUCUGUUGUUACUUGCUUAAUCCCUCUGCUGUGGUGAGUGCGGUCAUGGAAAUGACAAGGAGAAGUGACUUUGUGACAAGAUGCGUGACCACGGAGAUGACUGAAUACUAUUAUGAUAAUCAGUACCCUAUUUGCCUCGUUCAUCUCCACAAGCAUGUCUUGGUUUUCAAUAUUUGCCUGUAUGUCCUGCUAUAUAUAUCCUUGUACACAGAGAAAACAUGACUACAGCUAGCUAUAUUCAAUUUAUGUAAUAAAUAUUAAAUAAAUCUAAGUUGUACCUGAUUCUGAUGGCACAAAUGUGUUCUUGUAAAAGAUUAAUAAAAUAAUGGAGGUUUUUAGCAUGUUCAGCCUACCCUAUGUCCA